AUGCUGAUCCUGAAGUGCCCAGCCCAGCUCCAGCUCUUGGAGGAGACCCUGCGGAAGAGCCUGCCUGCCACACUGCCGGUCCUGGGGACUGUGAUGACGGUGGCCCGGGGCAACCCUUUCACCCAUGAAGUGCUGGUGGACUCUUGGCCCCAUUUCCGCAUCGUGCUCACCCGUCUGCGCCCAGAGGUGCUACCCCAGGAGCACAAGGACCCCAAGGGCUUCUACACCAACCAGCUGGCCGUGUUCUACCGGGAUGAGGGGGCCCUGCGGGCACUUCUGGAGGACACCGAGGCAGUGAGCUGGGCCCGGGCUUUCCAUAUGCAGGGGAUGCAGGAGGGGCUGGAGGAGGCUGUGAGGGACGUGGCCAGUGCCAAGGGAGUGCGGAUGGAGACGACGCAGUACAAGGCGCUGCUGAGCCCUGAACCCCCUCGGCCCCGCGGGAA